AUGGACAUUCACACCUUCGAUCAGCGCGCGUCUGCGCCCUUCCGUCUCAGUUCCAAGUUUGUCUCCAAGUUCAAGGACAAGCAACCACCAUUCGGCUUUAACGGCUUGGGAGAAUUCGUGUACAGAAGGACCUACUCCCGCCUGAAGAAAGAUGGCUCGAAGGAAGAAUGGCACGAAACGGUGGAACGGGUUGUGAACGGCACCUACAACAUGCAAAAGAAGUGGAUAGAAACACACCAACUCGGGUGGAACCCCUGGAAGGCCCAGAAGAGCAGGGGGUUGUGGGCCAUGGGCAGCAACAUCACCGAGGAGAGAGGCCUCUACGCCGCUUUGAACAACUGCGCCUUCGUGAGCACGGAGGCCAUGCGCGAAGAUGCCUCCAAGCCAUUUGUGUUCCUCAUGGACGCCUCCAUGCUCGGGGUGGGCGUGGGCUUCGAUACCAAGGGAGCGGGCUCCAUGGUGGUGAAGGGCAGUCGCAGAGAUCGGACACCCGAGCUGGUCAAGAUUCCCGACUCGCGCGAGGGUUGGGUCGAGUCCGUGCGCUUGCUGCUGGACUCGUACUUCCACGGCAACCCUUGCCCCGAGUUCGACUACAGCCUCAUACGCAAGGCCGGAGAACCCAUUAAGGGAUUCGGCGGCGUGAGUUCUGGACCGGAAUCGCUGCAGCAGCUGCACCAUACACUCCGGGAGGUGUUGGACAAGCAAGUGGGCGAACCCAUCUCGGUGACCACGAUCGUGGACAUCAUGAACUUGAUCGGACGAUGCGUGGUUUCCGGCAACGUCCGUCGAUCAGCGGAAAUCGCGUUUGGCGAUCCUCACCUGGAGGAGUACCUCGAUUUGAAGAACUACGGCGUCAACCCGCAGCGGGCGGCGUAUGGCUGGACGAGCAACAACUCGGUGCUGGCCCACAUUGGAAUGGACUACGAUGAUAUUUGCAAGCGAAUAGCCAUCAACGGUGAGCCGGGCAUCGCGUGGUUGGACAACAUGCAGGCAUUCUCUCGUAUGAACGGUGUUGUGGACAACCGAGACAGCCGAGCGCGCGGAGGCAACCCCUGUUUGGAGCAGACGCUGGAGCCCUACGAGCUUUGCUGCCUGGUGGAGACGUUCCCGGGCAAGCACGAGUCCCUCGAAGACUUCAAGCGCACGCUCAAGUUCGCCUACCUCUACGGCAAGACUGUCACCCUCGGCAAGACGCACUGGCCCGAGACCAACCGCGUGAUGCUGCGCAACCGCCGGAUCGGGUGCAGCAUGAGCGGCAUCGCCCAGUUCAUCAGCGACCGCGGUCUGGAGAACCUGCGCGUGUGGUGCGAGGAGGGCUACAACACCAUCCGACACUACGACGACCUCUACUCGGACUGGCUGGCCAUCCCCAAGUCCAUCAAGGUCACCAGCAUCAAGCCCAGCGGCACCGUGUCGCUUCUCGCUGGCGCCACGCCGGGCAUGCACUACCCCAUCUCGUCGCAGUACAUCAGGAGGGUGCGGCUCAGUAGCAACUCGGACCUGCUGCCGGCGUUGAAGGAGGCCGGGCUGAAGGUGGAGCCGGCCGUAGGCUCGGAGAGCAACACGGCCGUAGUGGAGUUCCCCGUGUCGGUGGGCAAGGGCAUCCGCAAGGCCAACGAGCUGUCCAUGUGGGAGCAGCUCGCCCUCGCCUCCUUCCUGCAGCGACACUGGGCCGACAACCAGGUGAGCUGCACCGUGACCUUUGAUCCGGAAACCGAGGCAAGCCAGCUCAAGCACGCCCUCGACUACUACCAGUACCAGCUCAAGGGCAUCAGCUUCCUGCCACGAUCGACCGGGGUGUACCCGCAGAUGCCGUACGAGGAGAUUGACGAGGCCACCUACCAGGAGAUGCUCGCCCACUUCAAGCAGCCGGACUUCCGCCGCUCGGAGGCGCCGCAGGAGGCCUACCCCGAGAAGUUUUGCGAUACCGACGUGUGCACCAUCGACGAGGCCGCCACGCCCGCCGCUGCCGUUGGCGCGAAGACUGACAGCCAAUAG